CGCGUACAUGUAUGCUGUGUUUGAGGCACUGUUCUCUGUGGUUGGGUCUCUUGGAUUUAUUGGCAAUGUUCUUGUAUGCGUGACCAUAUGUUAUACAAAGGCACUGCACAGUAUCACAAACUUGUUCAUACUGAAUCUGGCCGUGGCUGAUGCAUUGGCUUCAGUAGCCCAUAUUGCAGUUCCGUUUGCGUUUCAUCACUUUGAUGUCGAGCUAUUAUCUCUUAACAAAGACAACGUCACAACCACUUGCACUCCCGAGUUAGUUUUCUGGUAUGAUGUGAUAUGGGUUGUCCAUUACUUAGGUGCAGCUUUUGUGGCCCACUCUGUACUUGGCCUCACAUUGACGACGUACGAGCGGUUUAUUGGGAUUGUAAGACCAUUGCACUAUACAAGUUACUUCAGUCAGAGAAAGAUUGUGGUCAUGUUAUUGGCAAUGUGGGUGACCCCGCUGGUUGUAGAAUUGCCUCGCUUUGUGUAUACAAUCAUUGCUUACUGGCAUCGAAAUUGUGUCAGUGCCAAGGAUUCUGAUGAGUAUUACUAUACAUUUUCCAUUUUGUCGAUGGUCUUACUUGCCGGACCUACUGGAGCCAUGGUUUGGAUGUACGUCCAGAUUCUGAAAAACCUCAAACAGGGGGCUAAGAACCUUCAGCAGUUAGGAGUAAAAGGAUCGGCCAAAGAGCUACUUGAAGCUCACAAGAAGGUGACCGUAGCGAUGGCUGUCAUCACAGCAGCUUUCUUUAUUCUUGUGCUGCCUGCUAAAAUAUUUCAAAUUGUGAUUGCAGUCAAUUCAGAAGUGCAAUCUUUAGCUUUGUUGCAGACAUCAAUUCUUCUGGUAGUGCUGAAUUCGGCCAUCAACCCAGUCUUGUAUGGGUUCAAGUAUAAACAGCUGAGGGAGUCCUUUGUGUCUAUGGUGAUGGGCAAAUGCCGGAAAUUGAAGCGUCAGAAUCACGUUGAGCAAGCGCCCAGGGUAGAGAUGGUCCAGACUGUAUCCUAACAUGCUGCGUGUCUGCUAGAUCUUUGCAGAAGGCAUUUGGAUU